UUGCAAGAAAAAAAAAGUGAAAUUAGUUUUUGUUUCAAAAAUUGCAAAUAUCUGACUUCUGAAACUCGAACAUUUUUAUGUUUUUUUUCGCAAAAAUUCUAAGUGUCAAAAGACGAAAAUUUUCAAAAGUGGAAAAAUUUUCUCCCUAAAUUCAUAAAUUUUCAUGUUUUUUUUCUACAAAAUUCCAGAUUUUUUUCUUGCAAAUUUUAAACUUUUCAAGCUCGGACAUUACACAAAAAUACUCUAAACAUUUCUGAGAUUAAUCUAAACAUUUCUGUGCUUUUUUGGCAGAAAUGUGCUCCUCCAUUUUCAUUUCUUCUGUCUAAAAUGUCCCUGAUAGGCCGUCGUACUGUCCUGACAUCAUGAAAUCCCAGUAGUUUGCAGGUUUCUAGUUGUGGGAAAAGUUGAACCAGCAUGAAAACUGUUGAGUCUAAUUUAGACUCCAUCCUCCAGACCACAACAGGUGCCUCCCCUCCUCCUCCACCUGUCUCCCCCUUUCCGCGGCGCGCUGGCCGUGACCCAGAAAGCAGCCGUCAUUCUGCAGAAAUGGCAUGCAGUCCGCUCGGUUCGGUCACCGGAUCGGCGGCAGCUGCUGAGCCCCGUCCCCCCCCCGGGGCUAUUUUCACCCACCGGAUAAAGUGCCGCAGCUCGGCGGGAUUCGGCGCAGAGCAGCGGCAGGAUGAAGUCCCUCACAGACGGCUGCGCCUCCGAGUUAGACACCGACACGGACAGCUCCGAUGGGAAGUCCACGGGCGGCUGCAGCCCACCCCGGGAGUCCGGGGAGAGACUGGAGGCGGAGGGCGGCUGCCCCGUUACGGCGAGGCGGCGACGGCGGCGCAGGAGCGGCGUGGGCGGCGGCAGAGACGCGCGGCUGUCCGGCGUCAGCAAACAGCGGCAGGCGGCAAACGCGCGGGAGCGGGACAGGACGCACAGCGUGAACACGGCCUUCACCGCGCUGCGGACGCUCAUCCCCACCGAGCCCGCGGACCGGAAGCUGUCCAAGAUAGAGACGCUGCGCCUGGCCUCCAGCUACAUCUCCCACCUGGCCAACGUGCUGCUGCUGGGGGAGGACUGCCGGGACGGGCAGCCCUGCCUCCGGUACCAAGACAUGAUCCUGCACGGCCCCGCGGUGCUCAGCGGCCCCUCCCUGCGGCCCAUCUGCACCUUCUGCCUCAGCAACCAAAGGAAACAGCUCAGAGAUGGAGGGAAACACUCCUCUUCUGUGUGAAACGAAGCGGCUCUGGACAGACCCGGAGUCCAUCUGAUGUUUACAGUCUAAACUUUGUAAAUACAUAUUUAUUUUUUUAACAUACUACAGGACAAUAAUGACUUUUUGAGCGCUUUCUGUCCAGCUUCGGUGAGUUUCUGAACCUCAGUGUUUUGACUGAGACGUAACCUGAGUCUGUGUGCGCAGCUGCACCUGACGUGGGGCUAUUUUGGUCCCCACCAAUAGUACAAACUACCCCCUGACCCACCACCACCGAGUGUACCUCCUAAAAACAAGCUGGUCACCUUCAGUGCAGUAGUUGCUGUCAGUUUACUGGUGGCUGCCUUCAGCAGUAAGAAGGCUGUCCAUUACUACUGCCUCUAGUGGUGGACAUCAGUAACUGCAACACUUGCAGAACCAGACAGUGCAACUGGUUUAGCUUUAUUCCCCAACAACCAUUAGCUGAAGUUCUCAACAUACUAGAUAAAGAAUUGGAUACAUUGAUAUUCUACCAAUCCACCAGCUACAAAACCACCAAUUACAGGAGAAAAUCAAUUGGUUACCUAAAGAAACGGGUUGGUUGGCCUGUUAUGCCUUGCAGGAAGAAGGUUCUGUGUCUUCCUCGUGCCUGAGUGAGUUUUCUUCAUGUUCACUGAACAAAAACAUGGCUGUUAACUUAAAUUGUUUCUCUAAACCAGAAAAGUGUCCAACUAUAGUUCUCAACAGCUACUAUCCAGCUUCUCCAAGACACCUAAUUUCAGUGAUUGGUGCGUUACUAUUUGGUAUCUAGUUUGCAUUACCGCCACCUACUGGUGUGGAGUGUCGUUACCAGGCCUUCUUUUUCUUGUGGCGUUUAUUUGCCGAUUAUAACUUAAUGGCGCAUUACUGCCACCAACAGGUAAGGGGUGUGGAUCAGGAUUCUAACAUUUACACUAAAUAAUUUAAAAAUAUUAAUUAAAUUCUUCCAACUAAGCCUGUACACAAAAGAGACUGCAAUAUAACUUUCCUUAUAUUUCUAAAAAUGUAGCAUAAUGUAUUCAACUGCCUCUUCCUAUUCUAAAGAGUGCUACUCAAUUCACUGUGUCCAAAAAAGUUGAUUUUAUUGCAGAUGGAAAUAUGAACCUUCAAUCUCAAACCGUAUUCUGCCUACUGAAAAUAAUUCGACUGGGAAGCAUGGAUUAAAAGAUUACAUUGUGCUAACAAAAUGAAUGUGUUAAUGUGAAAGCAAUGAAAGUGAAAAGGUUAAAAAGAGGAGUCUAUUCUUAACCAAAACUUCAAUGUAGCUAGCUAGUUAGCUACACUGAAGCUACUUUUCAAUGUGAUUAGACGAUAGCCAACGCUGAAACUAACAAAUUUUUGAUGUGGCUAGCUAGAAGCUAGCUAGUUUUCAAUAUAUCAAACUGGUUGCACUAAAGCUGACUAGCCUACUAGAUUCAGUGGUAGAUUAAUUGUACAUUUGAUUUAUAUGUAAAAGUCAGAUUUUCUGGCUGUAAAUUGGAAAGAUCAACUAAAAUAUUUUCCAAAGUUGGACAUCUGUGAGACAGCACAUGUUCAAUAUCCAACAUGGCUCCCUCUAGCUAGCAAACAUCUUUUAUUUAAGAAAGGCAGGUUUAUAAUUUUGUUUCUGACAUACCAGAAACUCAGAUGUUUAUAAAUGUGACAUUUUUAUUGUGGGGAUUUUCUUAACCUGUCAAAUAUUUUUAUGAUUAGUCGUAACUUGAUUUCACUGCACACUGUUCAGACAUAUUAACCUAAAGUGUUGAAAAGUUUACUACUGCAAUGCUGCACAGUCACUUUAACAGCACAAGAUGUGCAUCAGACUGCCUUUUGCACUUUUAUGGAAUUUAAAAAUGUGAUAUUAAACUCAUGUGGAUCCCUUUGAUAUUUAUAAUACAGCACUAAACUAUUACUGGGAAAUUUUGCCCUCUACCUCAGAUCUGUGUUUUAAAUACGAAGGCCUACCUCUGAUCGAAGUUAAUAACAGGACUGUAACAAAUACUUGAAUGUCAGACUCGUCUGUCCUUUGCACAUUGAAUGAAACUUCUUGAAGAAAAAUGUAUUUUUGUACGAAAAAAAUAAACUUUAUCAACCA